AAAGUUGAAUUAGCAAAAACCCGGCAACUCUGCUCCAAGCGGUACCGGGAAUUCGCCAUCCUGCACCAGAACCUGAAGCGGGAAUUCGCCAACUUCACUUUCCCACGUCUCCCGGGGAAGUGGCCGUUCUCGCUGUCGGAGCAGCAGCUGGAUGCGCGGCGGCGAGGGCUGGAGGAGUACCUGGAAAAAGUGUGCUCCAUACGCGUCAUCGGGGAGAGCGACAUCAUGCAGGAGUUCCUGUCGGAGUCGGACGAGAAUUACAACGGCGUCUCGGACGUGGAGCUCCGAGUAGCGUUACCGGAUAUAACGACGGUGACGGUCAGAGUGAAAAAGAACAGCACUACAGACCAGGUGUACCAG